UUACUUGCAAUUGUCAUGGCAGGUGAUCAAGAUAUCACCACAGACAUCGUAGUUCCAACGAACUAUAGCGGUAACAGCGUCGUUGAUAGAAAUUUCUUUACUUUCACCGGCAUGCACAGCGUAGUUAACUGUGACUACACACAAGCCUUCACGGCAACUAAAGCUAGCCUGACAAACUUUCUAGCUUUGGAUGGUCAGAGCGUGUCUUGCACUUUCUUACAAUUUCCAGUGGGAGCUAUUAACCCACUGCACACACACUCGCGUUCAGCUGAGCUACUCUUGCUAUUGAGGGGGUGGCUGAAUGUUGGAUUUAUUGACACCAAUAACAAACUUUAUAAACAAACUCUGAGAGCUGGAGACAUUUUUGUGUUUCCAAAGGGAUUGGUGCACCAUCAGCCAAAUGAUGAUGCAAAACACCCUUGUGCCACUCUUUCUGCCUUUGGAAGUGCUAAUGCAGCCACGGUUUCAGUUCCUCUCAAUGUCUUAACUAGUGGCAUUGAUGAUAAUAUUAUUGAUAGGGCAUUUAUAACCGAUGUUGUAACUGUCCAGAAGCUCAGGGCAAGCCGUACACCCAAGUCUUAA